AUAUAUAUGUAAAAUGUUUUUCGAAAUUUUGCAGUUAUGUUGUUAAAGUUGAUGUUUAUUCAACAUGGAGUCAUAUUUUUAAUUCUAUGUUUAGUGAGUAAAUCAUUCUGUAUUCAUAUAACAGGUUAUGUAGGAAAUCUUAUAAAGCACAAUUUGAGGAAUUAUUCGCCACAUUGGUGCAACGAGACAAAAAUUGAGCUUAGAAGUGUCUACAAAAGUGACGCGCAAAGUGUUUACAUAAGAGAACUCGUGUUUGAUGGUACAUACAUUACAAUUCUUGCACAAGAACCUUUGCAACUUGAUUUGUUAGUUGUAUAUUUGCAUACAUUUUACUUAUACACAAAGAUUUGUUAUGCCAUUGAAGUAAAAGUUAUAAUUCAAAGCUACAUGUCAAGUCUUCAGAGUAUACUCUUUAGCCACUUAAAUUACUUUAAAUUAAAAGAAAGUAAAAAGUUUCUAGAAUGUAAAAAAUUUAAUCAAAUAUAUAUUCAGACAUUUGAAUAUGCCUCUAAUGAAACAUUACCAUUGUCAAUUUUACUCAUGCAGUCAAAUCUGUUAGUAGACUUUUUCAAAUUCCCUGAAAACCUUCUUCAAGUUCUUCCGACAAAUAAUUCUUAUUCGUAUUUUAAUCAGCUCAGUUCAUUAGAUGUCAUAGAAUCAAAUGUUUUAAGACCAAUGAGUGAGGGCUACAUGUUUUCGUGGCCAAUCGGCUGUCAACACAACAGUCACAUUUCACGUGUUUUUCGAAGGAGCGUUAAAAAAAUUAUUGAACCAAUACCAGAACUUUCAUUAACUGUUUGUUAUAUCACAAAAGGUUAUUUUAAAGAGAACAUGGAGCUUUUUUUUGGUUCAAUAAGUGCACUAGUUGGAACACCAAUUGAAACAACUUCAGCAAGUUUUCAAGAGUAUUCUCCAUCUUCAAGUAAAAUUUUACAAGAAACUUUCAAUAAAGUUUCUAUUACUUUGUUUACAUCUCAACUUUUAUCUAAAGUAAGUACGAAUAUAAAAAUAUUGAGCAGUUUUAUAAAUGAGAGCUUUUUCAUAAAUUUUAUAAGGUCCAGUUUACUCGAAGAAACUUUUAUAUCAAGUAUUAGUAUAAAUAGCACUUCACUUUCUACAUACUUUGGAUCUUCAUUUAGAGACCCGGUCAUAACAGCAUUUAAUUCUUUGAGUGGUUUCAAUGAUAUGAUAAGUGUUUCAGAGUUUUUUUAUCCAUCCAACUCUUUUGAUAUAUCAGAUUAUUUAUCAAGUACUGAUGUCGCAGACAUUAGAAGUAUUUUUGUUUCAAAAACUACAAGCAAUGAUAAUGCAGAAACUAAAAGUACUAAUGUUACAGAAAAUAGAAGUUUUUAUGUAACUCACAUAAGUAGCACAGUUAGUUUUUUUACUGAUAAUUAUUCAAAUCCGUUAUCUAGUAAAACUAGUUUAUAUAUGACAGAUAGUCUGGAUUCUAAUUUAGAUUUCAACAUUAGGUCUAACAUAAUGCCAUCAUUUUAUGAACCAAAUAGUUAUAGUGCAGCAACGGCCCAAUUAGACUACAAUUCAACUGUCAAUGUUAAAUUACCAACACCAGAAUUGUCAACAUUGAAUAAUAUCAAGAAGGUUUUACCCACGUUUUCUACAGUUCCAAAUGCUAUAAAUGAUUCUAUAAUUUCAAGCGUAUCUCAUCAAACAACAUUUCAUGGCGCUGAUACAGCAUUUAGUAUUUAUUCAUUAGACUCAUAUUCAACAACACUUUCUGGAAGAGAGAUAACAACAGAACAUAAUUCUUUGAAGCAAUUUGGCAGCAAAGAAAUAAAUAAAGGAAGUCUACCUUUUAUCACUUCAUCAACUUUGUUUAGCACAAAUGUAGAUACUUUUCUAACAACUUCUUUGAUAACAUUUCUAAACAUAAAUUUAACGGCAGAAACUCCAUCUCUAGCCACUUUUUCUACAAGCAGCCAAGUGUUAUCAGAAAAAUCUUUGCUUAUAACAAGUUUUUAUUCGCCAGUAAAAACUUUAUAUUUUAGUACUUCCUCUAAAAUAUUUCAGAACAUAGCAACAACAUCAUCUUACUUUCCUAUGACUUCUUGGGCAACAUUUGUCGAAACAUAUUUAACAUCAACGAUUUUUGCUUCAAAAACAUAUCAGAGUACAUAUUUAGUCAAAAAAACUCCUUUGCUUAGUUCUAGUUUUAUAACAAAAAACAAUUUAACUGUAAAAACCGAUUCUUCUGAAUUAUUUUUUAGCAUAAUGUCAACUUUUUUUCUGUCUCUUUCUGCAAAAACUGGUUUGUAUUUAACAGAAGAAUUAUUUUUAAUCAACCCAUCUACAACAUAUCCUUUGUUAUCAAAGUCAUUUACUUCAACUCAAACUUUAUAUUUUACAACAAAACUCAAAAGCACAGAUUUGACAAUCACAAGUUUUUCAUUAACUUUUCAAGAUUUAUCAAAAAAUACUCAGUGUUCUGUAUUUUCUAAGUUUACCGACAUGCAUGUAACUGCCGAAACUCCGUAUCCAACUUUAUCUUCUACAAUGUUUUCCGACAUAUACGUAACUGGAGAAAGUCUUUAUCCAAACUUAUCUUCUAUGGUGUUUUCUGACAUAUACGGAGCUGCAGAAACUCCGUAUUCAACUUUAUCUUCAACGAUGUUUUUUAACAAAUACACAACUGGAGAAAGUCGUUAUUCAAAUUUAUUUUCUAUGGUGUUUUCCGACAUAUACGGAGCUGCUGAAAUUCUGUAUUCAACAUUAUCUUCAACGAUGUUUUCCGACAAAUACACAACUGGAGAAAGUCGUUAUACAAAUUUAUCUUCUGUGGUGUUUUCCGACAUAUACGGAGCUGCUGAAACAAUGUCCCCAAAUUUAUCCUCUACGAAGUUUUCCGACAUAUACGUAACUGGAGAAAGUCUUUAUCCGACUUUAUCUUCUAUGUUGUUUUACAAAGUAUAUGAAGAUACAGAAACUCUAUAUCCAACUUUAUCUUCUACAAUGUUUUCCAACAUAUAUUUAAAUGCAGAAACUCUGUACCCAACUUUAUUUUCUACAAUAUUUUCCGGUAUAUACGUAACUGCAAGCACUUCGUAUUCAUCGUUAUCAUCUGCAGUUUUUUCCAACAUAUAUGCAAUAAUAAAACCUCCACAUCCAACUGUAUCUUCCACAACGUUUUACGAAAUAAGUAUAACAGUAAAAACUCUAUAUCCAACCGUAUUUUGUACAAUGUAUUCAAAUAAAAAUGUAACAGAAGAAACUCCGUACCUAUACGUCCCUUCUACAAUGUUUUCCAACAUAUCCACGGAAACUUCGCAUCCAGCUAUAUAUCUUGCAACGUCUUCCUACAAAUAUUUAACAAUAGAAACUCCGCAUACAAUUGUAUCUUCAAUAAUGUUUUCCGGCAUAUACGAAACAGUAGAAACUAUUUAUCCAUCCGUUUCUUCUGCAACAAUUCCUGAAAUAAAUGUAACAGUAGAAACCCCAAAUCAAACUAUAAGUUCAACAACAUUUUAUGACGCAGGUUUAACAUCAAAAACUAGUUAUUCAAAUCCAUCAAAAAUAUCUUUAAGCAAAUAUUCACCUGGAGAAACAUUUACUACUUCUUCGAAAACAUAUAUAGAAACGCAUUCAACAGCAGAAUGUUUCUCUUCUUAUUCAACAACACCAUGUGGCGCAGAUUUACCAGUGGAAACUCCAUUUCUAUAUUUAACAAUGUUUCAAAAUACUUUAACUGCAGAAACUAAUUAUAAAGCAAGUUUUCAAGAGAUAUUUUAUAGCGCUAAUUUAACAGCUCUUUCUCUUUGUGUUUCUUUGAUCGAAUAUACAGAUAGAUCUUUGAUCGAAUAUACAGAUAGAUCUUUAAUAACAGAAACAGAUUUUCUUGUAUCAACAACAUUUUCAAGCUUUUAUCCUAUAUCAGAUAGUCAGUCCUUGUUAGAUACUUCUUCUUUAACAGGCAUUUCGUCUUUGGCAGAUACUACGCCAUUAAAUGCUUUUUCAAACAUAUUUUUUAUCUCAGAUUUAACAAAUCCGUUUUUAUCCAAAUGUGCAAUAACUGCAAACGGGAUUGAUUUAACAUCAAAAAUUCCAUGUCAAUCCAUUGCUUCAACAACUUUUGUAAAUUUAAAAAUCAGUUCAAGUUUAAGUUCAAAUUUAACGGUAGACAAUCAGAUGCUAACUUAUUCGUUUUUAAAAAGCACAAAUAAAGAUACUUUGUAUUUUACUACUUGUAUGAAAACAUACCAGAGUACAUAUUUAGAAUCGGAAACUCAAUUCUUAUUAUCAACAAUAUGUCCUAAUAAUGAUUUAACAGUUUACUCUCAAACACCAGCAGAUAAAUUACUUAAUAGCAUAAAUCCAGAAAAAUCGUAUCUACCUGUUUCUUUGACAAAGUUUACGAGUUUAUAUAUAAAGAAAGAUACCUUGUUUCCGACCGCUUCUAUAAUAAUAUCUCUUGACAUAUAUUAUAUAACUGAAAGUUCUAUAGCAAAAACAUACUGUACAAGAUUUAGAACUACCGAUUUUAGUGUAGAGUCUCUGUAUCAAUCAAAAUCUUUUAUAAUAUUUCCUGACACAUAUUCAACAUUGGAAGUUAAAAACUCUUUAACCUAUUCGACAUCUUAUUUACCAACCUAUUUACCAACCUAUUCAGCAUUAUAUUCUGACACUUACUUAACAAUGAAAACUCCGUUUUUAACAACUUUAACAAUAGUAAGAAACUAUGUAACAUUAACAACAAUGACUUUGUCAUCAUCGUAUUCAACAGUUACUAAAAGCAUCAAUUUAAUAGCAGAUACUCCACGCAUAACUACCUCACCAGUAACCAACGGAGAUGAAACUUCUAAAUUUCAAAUAGCGCCAUCAACAAUUCCAGGAGAGGCUAUUGGCUUCAGUUAUAAAGUAUCUGCACGUUCUUCACAAAUGUCUAUAUCUAAUACAUAUGCAACGCCUUUAUCUAAAGACAACCGGCCACAGCUUAUUAAACCUAUUGAAUUUCUAUUCCCAAAAGUAGGAUAUUACUUUGUAUUCAAAGUGCCAGCUGAAAUGUUUAUUGAUUCAGAAGAUGGAAAUGUUCGUAACUUGACCUUAAAAUGCGUAACCAGUUCAGGAGUAUUGCUUGACUCUAACCCGUGGUUAACAUUUAAUACUACCUUACAACUACUGGAAGGUAUUCCAUUAACCAGCGAUUAUUUUAACCAGGAAUUAGGUGGAUUAUCAUUACAAUUAAUUGCUUUCAAUUCUCGGAAUAAUUUCGCUAUAAAUAAUUUUAAAAUUUUUAUUAUAGAAGCUGCUGCUCUUAGAUUAUCUCUUAUUAUAACUUUUAAGUUAUCCAUAGAUUAUACAGCAUUUAUUUCCAGAAAAGAUCAACGAGUAAAACUUGUUCAAAAAAUUUCAAAAUAUUUUCGUGACUCUGAGUCUUAUGUUUACUUAUCAUCGUUAAGAAAUGGUUCUACAAUUGUGGAUUGGUCAAAUACAAGUUUUUUAGAAAAUGUAUGUGACAACGAAACUAUAUUAGAAUUUAUUAAGAAAGUUCAAAUACCAAACUCCAAUUCUCCUCAGCCUUCAUUUUUCUAUUUUUUAAGCCCUGAAUUCCCGCUUUUAGCUGUAAGCAGUAACGCUCAAGAUUUGUGCACAACUUUCCCACAAUCCAUCAGUCAAUCAAAACAGGAAAACUUUUUAUUGUAUCUUAUACCAAUAAUUUUAUUAUCUCUGCUUGUUAUAGUUCUCAUUACGAUAUUGCUUGUAAUAUAUAAAAAAAUUGUUAAACGAAAAAACUAUAUAAGAAAAGGAAGAGAGUAUUGUGAACAACAACCUCCUUUAUUCUCUGAUAAACUUGAUUUGAAAUACAGUAUGUCUGAUAAUGAUCCAUCAAUAGCAGUCGUUCCAGAUAUGCAAACAUCAUUCAUUGGACCAUGUGUUUCAAGAAGGGAAAGUGCAAACUUUGAUGACGAAAAAAGUUCUAUAAGCGAAGACUCCAUUGUCAGUAUUGUUGUUCCACCAUAUCCUCCACCGGCAUAUUUGAGACCAUUGCCUUACAUAAAAGGAGAUAGCAAAUAGGAUACUUUUAAAUAUUGUAAAAAUUAGAUUUUUGAAAAAAAUUUGAAUUUUUUUUUA